AAAUAUAGAGAAAAGAUAGUAAUCAAGAGAGAGGUAGAAAAUUAGAAGAAGGAUUGAGAAAAAAGAAUAAGAGUAUCUAAUAUUUGCAAAAAUAUAUGUUUGUCCGUUAUCUAUCUAUAAUUUUAUACUAUUGUGAGAUGGGGAGAGCAAUAAGGAGUCAAAGCAUGGUAUGCCUUAAAAGUAUCUGAAUCAAUAAGGUAAACUAUCUUCGACCACAAUUUCCUUAGAUAAUUUCUCUUUCAAAAAUCACAAUAAUUCAAACGAUAAACAAUUCAACAACCCUGUUCAAUUAAAGUCUUGGAGAAGCUACAUCCUACGUAAAACCAUGUCUUCGGAAGCUCACAAUGCUCCAGGGAGCGGGGAAGAGAAGAAGCAUUCAGCGAGCGAGCUAAUGGCGAGCGCAAAGAUUGUAGCAGAGGCAGCUCAGUCAGGUUUCGGGAAAGGAGCUGAUGGGAAGGAUGUAGAUAAAGGGAAGGUGGCAUCUGCUGCAGGGGAUCUUCUAGACGCAGUCGGUCAAUAUGCUAAAUUAGAUGAUCAGAAGGGGUUAGGACAAUAUGUUGAUAAGGCUGCUGAUUAUCUGCAUCACUAUCAUCCUGCAACCACAGCCUCCGCCGAUCAUCCACCAACUUCCAAACCAGAUGAUCACAAAAGUGAAGAUGCUGGCAAAUCUGAAGGUGGACAUGGACAUGGUAUAGGAGAUUUUGCAAAGGCUGCUGGAGGCUUCUUUAAAUGAAAAGAAAUAUCAUUGAAUUCGACUUAGCAUAAUUGUUUAAUUUGUAUGGAGAUUUGACUUUAAUGUUUGAACCAAAAUCUUGCUAGCUCUUAUUUGUUUUCUUCCUAACUCUGUUGUAUAUAGUAUUCAAACUUUGUUACCUUUCUCGUAUUUUGUUUUCUUUGUUCCUGUUUGUGAAAUUUUGUUAUUUGUAUGUUAGAAAUUAAAUCAAGUGAGUACCACAAGAUUAUAGAACAAUGUUGAAUC